GUAGGAGUCCACCGCCCAUAUAUGGCCCAUACUAUGUAGUAGAGAAGUGCGCGGGUCGGGACGUAGCCUGAAUGUUCCAUAUGAGGCCUGUGUGAACAAGUCAUGGAAAAUGGCGACUGCUGAGCCGGAAGUAAUAUUCAAUCCGCCGGAGAGUAAAGAGGAGGACUCGGAAGAGACAAGCCAGGAGAUUGUCAGCCCUGAGUGUUAUAUCAAACAUCCACUACAAAACAGAUGGUCUUUAUGGUUCUUUAAAAACGACAAGAGCAAAACAUGGCAAGCCAACCUGCGACUGAUUUCCAAGUUUGACACAGUUGAGGAUUUUUGGGCGCUUUAUAACCAUAUUCAGCUGUCCAGUAAUUUGAUGUCUGGUUGUGACUAUUCGCUGUUCAAGGAUGGUAUCGAGCCCAUGUGGGAGGAUGAAAGAAAUAAGAAAGGUGGGCGCUGGCUCAUCACCCUCAACAAACAACAGAGGAAACUCGACUUGGACCGCUUUUGGCUGGAAACGAUGCUUUGCCUCAUAGGAGAAGCGUUCGAUGACUCCAGUGAUGAUGUGUGCGGCGCGGUAGUCAACAUCCGAACAAAAGGAGAUAAAAUCGCUGUCUGGACAACCGAUUAUGAGAACAAAGACGCGAUAACACACAUAGGGAGAGUGUAUAAGGAGCGGUUAGGAAUCCCUCUAAAGAUGACCAUUGGCUAUCAGUCUCAUGCAGACACUGCCACUAAGAGUGGCUCAACCACCAAGAACAAGUUUGUGGUCUGAAAGGCUGAGCCUGAUCUCCCCUUUCUCAAUCAGUUUCUCCUUCGCUCCACCCCACCGUUUGUUUUCUCAUGUCCUUUAUCUUUCUGUCCUCAACCAAAGCUUUAUAUUAACAGGUUCUCACUCAAAAUACCACAAACCCUCAGCCAGUAUGACUUGUGAACCCCAACAGGAAUCUCUAAAUUCCACACACACACACCUUCACUUCCAUCAUCCGCCACAGCAACUUACAUCCAGCUCAUGGAGCAAUACGUUACACGACUCAAACUAAACAAAGCUCUCUAAGCAAAUAAACAGCAAGCAUUAUGAUGUAGUCUCACAUAUUCACACGUAUCGACGGUCUUAUUGACAAUGACUCGAACAAACUUGCGAAAUCAUUGUUUAACAGGACUCAGAGAUUGUAAAAUAUUUUGUGUUCUUUUUUCAAACGAAUGUGCUGAAAUAUUUAAUGGCAGAGGAAAGAAAAUGUCUCGGUGCCCUUAUCUAGCAGCCCUGCAGCAAUAGUGCCUAAUGAACACAUUUUUUUAUUUAUUCAGAUUUUAUCGUAACAUUUCAUGAAGGUGGUAUAAAGACACCCCCCUCCCCCCAUGUAAUCAAGCAAUUCUUCAAAAGCCUUCCUUAUUUCUUUCAGCAUUAACAUGAUUAAAUGUGUGGUUUUGCAAUUCA